AAUUUCGCAUCAUUUUUGAUACAAAUUUGUGUAGACAGGGUUAAAGUUUUCACCUUUGGCCUUAUUUGCGGCUGUGGGGGUGGUGGAACUGGGCGUUUACUCGCUGUAACUCUGGGAGUGGGUCACAUCACACAACACAACACCUGGGGUAGUGUAAAAGAGAGAGAGAGAGAGAGAGAGAGGGAGAGAGCGAUAUAGCAUUAGGAUGUGGUGGGGCACUGUGUGCGAAGUAAAUGUAGGGAGCGGAUCUCUCUGAGUAGCGGUGGAGCCGUGGAGAUCAAAGCCUAGGGUUUCUCGUUUGUAGACCUUGUUUCGUCCCCAUCCGGACACGGGUGUCGUAGAUGCUUGUGGUUCUCUCACCUUAACUGGUGCUUCAAUUUUAGGGUUUUGGAGUUGGGUGGAGGUGGUGACCCCUUGGAAUACGUUAGGGCUUUCCCCUUGAAAUCAAGUACUAUUCAAAGAAGGUUUCGCCCUCACCCCCCCUUGGAAUACGUUAGGGCUUUCCCCUUGAAAUCAAGUACUAUUCAAAGAAGGUCUCAGCAUUUCGUGUGAGCAAGUCUGAUGAUAGGAGAUUCUAUAUAUUUUCUCCGACGAAGACGCUUUAUCUGAAAACUGAUUCAAAGGAUGACCGUGUGGCCUGGAUUGAGGCAUUGAUUUCUGCAAAAAGUGCUUAUUCCUUGGGAUCAUUGAGUAGAAAGAUCUCUUUCACCCCUAAUGAUUUUUCAUUUUCAACCGAAAGACUUAGAGACCGUAUGCAUGAAGAGGGUCUCAAUGACGCUCUUAUAAAGGAUUGUGAACAGAUCAUGCUGUCAGAGUUUCAAGAUUACCAUAGGCAAUUAAAGCUGCGAUAUGAAGAACAUUUCAACUUGCUUGGUGCAUAUCAAAAAGAGUUUGAGGAAUCUAAUGUAGAAGAUGGAACUGCAAUACAGGGAAGCAGACUGCAUUUGAUGAGAAAUGGAUUUUCUAGCUCUGGACAUGGAAAGUUUAGCGAGUACAGCAUAACAGAAUCAUCUGAUGAUGUGGAAAAGCAUGAGAUCGAUGAAUUAUCAGAUGAAGGUGAAACCUCCUUCUAUGAUGCAACAGAAUUUCUUAGUGACUCUGUUAAUACCUCUCCUCUCACAUUAAGUAAUACUGGGCACGCUGGAGAAAAUCACAAAGCAGAGGAUAACUCGUGCAAUCCAGAGAUGAUGUGUACUGAAACAGAAUGGAAUGGCCAUCAUUUGUUUCCGCUUACAGAAAGGCGUGACAAACUACCAGAACCUCGCGAGAAAGAGAAGGGUGUUAGCCUUUGGUCAAUAAUAAAAGAUAGCGUAGGGAAGGAUCUGACGCGAGUCUGCCUCCCAGUUUACUUUAAUGAACCGCUAUCGUCCCUUCAGAAAUGCUUUGAGGAAUUGGAAUAUUCGUAUCUCUUGGAUCAAGCAUAUCAUUAUGGAAAAAUGGGGAACAAUCUCAUGAGAAUUCUGAAAGUAGCUGCUUUUGCAGUCUCUGGUUAUGCUUCUUCUGAUGGAAGACACUGCAAGCCAUUUAAUCCUUUGUUAGGAGAAACAUAUGAAGCUGAUUUCCCUGAGAAAGGAAUCCGUUUCUUUUCGGAAAAGGUUAGUCACCAUCCCAUGCUGAUUGCUUGCCACUGUGAAGGCAAGGGUUGGAAAUUUUGGGGCGACAGCAACCUCAAGUCAAAAUUUUGGGGGCAAUCAAUUCAAUUAGAGCCAGUUGGCGUUCUUACCUUGGAAUUCGAUGAUGGCGAAAUAUUUCAAUGGAGCAAGGUCACUACAACUAUACACAAUCUCAUACUCGGCAAAUUGUAUUGCAAUCACCAUGGAACAAUGAACAUAAGAGGGAACCGAGAAUACUCAUGUAGUCUCAAGUUCAAAGAGCAGUCUUUUCUAGACCGAAGUCCUCGCCAAGUGCAAGGAUUUGUUGAGGAUUCUUUGGGAAAUAAAGUAGCUACCUUAAUAGGAAAAUGGAAUGACAGCAUGUACUAUACUACUAAUGCUGAUGAUAGUUCCAAAAAUUUGUCUUUGUUGUGGAGAAAGAACAAGCCUUCGGCUAAUCCAACUCGAUACAAUUUAUCAUCAUUCGCGAUCACACUGAACGAGCUCAGCUCUUCGUUGCAGAUUAAGGAGAAGCUUCCGCCCACGGAUUCAAGGCUUCGACCGGACCAGCGGCAUCUGGAAAAUGGAGAAUAUGAAAAGGCGAACACUGAGAAGCUGAGAUUGGAGACGAGGCAGCGAAUGUCGAGGAAAUUGCAAGAGAAUGGGUGGGAACCGCGAUGGUUCCGUAAAGAUACCGAAGACGGGACGUACCGCUACAUUGGCGGAUACUGGGAAGCGAGGGAGCAAAGGAAAUGGGACGGAUGCCCGAAUAUCUUCGGAGAUUUCUCAGUCGAUGUUAACACAACUCCAUCUCAACACCAAACCUGAAUACGAAGGUGAGGUUCUUCGUGACUAAAGUCGCAUAAUUCGUGACUACUGCUUCGUAAAUCGUAACCAGUUUGAGGCAAUGCUGGCGGCGGCGGCGGUGGUGAUGAUGAUGAGGCACAUAGUGUGAUGCAUAAGAAUUUCUUAACCUUCUUGUUCUACAUCUUUGAACUAUUUUCACAUGUUAUUUAUUCGUUCCAUUGUUUCAUAUACAUUUUUGCUCAAGCAGCAUUUUGUAACAUCAUGCAAUUUAUUUUAAUGUGAAACAGUAUUUGCUCUUUUCUUUUUUUAAAAAAAA